AUGCCCCGGUGCUCCGCGACUCCGGUUUAUAUAGCGCUUUCGGCUGGCGGUGGGGACAGAAUGGGCUUUGUUAUUGGUCCGGGAGCUCCUACUCCCCCUUCCAUUGAUGGAACAAUAGAGUUUGAAGAAUUCAUAAGAGCACUGUCUGUAACAUCUCGAGGCAAUUUGGAUGAAAAACUACAUUGGGCUUUUCGAUUAUAUGAUGUAGACAAUGAUGGAUACAUUACACGCGACGAAAUGUACAACAUCGUAGAUGCAAUAUAUCAAAUGGUGGGUCAACAACUGCAUGCAGAAGAUGAAAAUACACCUCAGAAAAGGGUCGAUAAAAUAUUCGAUCAAAUGGACAAAAAUCACGAUGAUAAACUUACUCUUGACGAGUUUCGAGAAGGUAGCAAAGCAGACCCGAGAAUCGUUCAAGCUCUUUCUCUUGGUGGCGGAGAUCCAGCAUAAAAAUAAUUUCUAACUUGUAAAGUUAAAUAAUGAUAAUCAUUUUUAAUAACAUUUUAACUUAUACUGAUUUUGCAAGCAAAUUUAAAUGUUAUAAGAUUCUUUUAAAUUUAUCAUUAACAUUAUUAUUUUUUUAUCGCUACUAUUAUGACUAUUUUUGAAAAAUAUUUCAACUCUAAAUCUCUAUUUAUAUGAGAUUCAAUUAAAUAAUAUUUUUUAUUUUGCUUAAUUCUACCAGUUAUGAUAUGAAUCGUUUAAAUUGAGAUUUUUUUAACUAACUCUUGUAUAAUUGACAAAGCUCAAUAAUGUUAAUCAGAAAAAUAAGAAUGCCAGUUAAAAUAAUUAAAACUAACAAUCUUAAAAAAGAUUAUUCACUGGCAACUCAAUAAUAAAAUAUAAAUUGUUGCUAACUUAAGAAUUUAUACUAUACACAGAGAUGUUAUAUUUUGAAUAACCAAAAUGUUUUUUUUUGUUUUUUUUUUUUCUGGAAACUUUGAAUAGUCUAUGAAAUUGAUAAGAAUAAAUGAAAAUUAUUAACUAUGCAAUAAGAUUUGAAAAAAACAAUAUGAGAUGAAUAAAAAGCGAUAAAUAUCAUUACCAUUAGAAACAGUUAUCUGCAAAUGGUCGGCCUACCAAUAAAAUAUAUCUAAAGCGUU